ACUGGGCACCCUCUCUGGCCAGUCCAGUGGAUGGACCCCACCGAAUCCAGUGCCCACACUGUGGGACACUGGGGUUUGACGUUGCUAGAAGCCUGGGCAGGGUGGGUCUGGGCACUGCACUGGCAGCCUCUGGAGGCAUGUCCACCCCUGGCAGUCCCCAAAGGGCACUUGCCUCAUCGGACUCUGGGCUUCAAUAUCAGCCUCAGCAAGGCUGAUCCCUGGGAGCCUCGGCAAGAAACGGGGACAGAUGCUGGGGUCCCAGUGUGACCCGUCCUCAUCGACCUGUUUCUCCUCAGAUUGGGAAGUGAUAUUGUGGGUACAGGGAGAGACUGGAGGACCCAGACCCCAGGUCCAUGGAGCUGCUGGGUUUGGUGCUGAGCGUGCUGGCAGGAGCCCUGGCUCAGCCCCCUGACCAUCUACAAGGCUGCUCCCUGGGCAGCUGUUAUCCAGCCACAGGAGAUCUGCUAGUGGGCAGAGUCAACCAGCUCACAGCCUCCUCCACCUGUGGGCUGAAGAGGCCUGAACCGUACUGCAUCGUCAGCCACCUGCAGGAUGAGAAGAAGUGCUUCGUGUGUGACUCACGCCGACCGUACGCCCCACGGACCAACCCUCAGAGCCACCGUAUCAGCAAUGUAGUGACCAGUUUUGCCCCGCAGCGCCGUGCUUCCUGGUGGCAGUCAGAGAACGGCCUGUCCGCGGUGACCAUCCAGUUGGACCUGGAGGCUGAAUUCCACUUCACCCACCUCAUCAUGACUUUCAAGACCUUCCGGCCUGCAGCCAUGUUGGUGGAACGCUCAGCGGACUUUGGCCGUACCUGGCAAGUGUACCGCUACUUCUCCCAGAACUGUGCCGCCGACUUCCCCGGGGUGCCUCUGGCCCCGCUGCGCCGGGGAGAUGAUGUCAUCUGUGAAUCACGCUACUCAGACAUUGAGCCUUCCACCGAGGGCGAGGUGAUUUACCGUGUGCUGGAUCCGGCCAUCCCCAUUCCAGACCCCUACAGCCCCAACAUCCAGAACCUGCUGAAGAUUACGAAUCUGCGGGUGAACCUGACCCGGCUGCACACCUUGGGAGACAAUCUACUGGAUCCCCGGCAGGAAAUCCGGGAGAAGUACUACUAUGCCCUGUAUGAGCUGGUGGUGCGCGGAAACUGUUUCUGCUAUGGUCAUGCUUCCGAGUGUGCCCCUGCUCCCGGGGCCCCCACCGGCAUCGAGAACAUGGUGCACGGUGGAUGUGUGUGCAAACACAACACCAAGGGGCUCAACUGUGAAAAGUGUGAUGACUUCCAUCAUGACCUGCCCUGGCGUCCAGCAGAAGGUUCCAACUCUUAUGCCUGCAAAAAGUGCGAGUGUAACCAGCACUCCAGGAGCUGCCACUUCGACAUGGCUGUGUUCCUGGCCUCGGGCAACACGAGCGGAGGCGUGUGCGACGGCUGCCAGCACAACACCAUGGGACAGCACUGCCAGCUCUGCCGGCCCUUCUACUACCGUGACCCCAGCAGGGAUCUGCGUGAUCCCAGUGUGUGCCGAGCCUGUGACUGCGAUCCCUCGGGCUCCCUGAACGGUGGCCUCUGUGACUCCCAUGAUGAUCCUGCCCUGGGACUCCUCGCGGGCCAGUGUCGCUGCAAGGAACAUGUGGUGGGGCCUCGCUGUCAGAGCUGCCGUGAUGGUUUCUUUGGCCUGAGCGCUGACAACUCCCAGGGCUGUCGGCGGUGUCGCUGUGAUCCCCGGGGGACGGUGUCCGGGGGGCCUCCGUGUGAUCCCGUGAGCGGGGACUGCUUCUGUAAGCGUCUGGUCACAGGUCCCAGCUGUGACCAAUGCCUGCCAGAACACUGGGCUUUGAGCAACGAUCUGCACGGCUGCCGCCCCUGUGACUGUGACAUUGGGGGGGCCUACGACAACCAGUGUGCAAGAGAGACAGGGCAGUGUCGUUGCCGCAACCACAUGAUCGGAAGACGCUGCAACCAGGUACAGCCUGGGCACUACCGGCCGUAUCUAGACCACUAUACUUACGAGGCUGAGGAUGCCCAGCGGGACCAGGAUGUCAAGGUGGUGGAACGGACGGCGCUCCUCGGCCACGAGACUUCCUGGACUGGCGCUGGCUUUGUGCAGCUCCAGGAGGGCAAUACCCUCAGGUUCUCUGUGGACAACCUCCCCUUCUCCAUGGACUAUAGCCUGCUCCUUCGCUAUGAGCCACAGGUCCCAGAUCAAUGGGCAGAAGUGACAGUGUUAGUGCAACGCCCGGGCCCAGUGGCCGUCAGCAGCCCCUGUGGCAACACCAUCCCUGAGGAUGACCGACUACGUGGGAUGUUCCCUCCGGGAGUCAGGCAUGUGGUGCUGCCUCAGCGUAUUUGCCUGGAGCAAGGCCUCAAGUACACGCUCCAGCUUGAGCUGACCCAUGGAGGUAGCCGUCCUGGUGCCUCUGAACUCGGCUUGUUGCUUGACUCGCUGGUGCUGGUGCCCUACUACUCGAUGCUGGAGAUGUUCAGUGCGGGCGACGCAGACUCCAUCGAGCGCCGCACCACCUUUGAGCGGUAUCGCUGCCACGAGGAGAGUUUGACCCCGGCCAAGGGGUCCCCUGCGGAGGCCUGUGCCCCCCUGCUCAUCAGCCUGGUGGCUCUGCUGCAUGAUGGGGCGCUGCCCUGCCAGUGUGACCCCCAGGGCUCUCUGAGCUCCGAGUGCAACCCCCAUGGCGGCCAGUGCCAGUGCAAAGCUAACGUCGUGGGGCGGCGCUGCGACCGCUGUGCCGUGGGGACCUAUGGCUUUGGCCCCUCCGGCUGCAGAGCGUGUCAGUGCAACCCCGAGGGCACCCUGAGCAGCCUGUGUGACAAUGCCAGUGGCCAGUGUCCCUGCCGGCCUGGUGCCUUCGGAUCACGCUGCGACCACUGCCAGCCGGGUCACUGGGGCUUCCCCCGCUGCCGGCCCUGCCACUGUAACGGGCAUGCCGAAGAAUGUGACCAGCGGACAGGGGCCUGCCAGGCCUGCCGAGAUCAUACUGCGGGGGACCGCUGUGACAGGUGUGUGGCUGGUUUCUAUGGGAACCCGGUCCUGACCUCAGGUGGGCACUGCCGACCCUGCCCCUGCCCCGAGGGCCCAGGCAGUCGACGCCACUUUGCUGCCUCCUGCCAUCAAGAUGGGCGCUCCCACCAGGUGGUUUGCCACUGUCAGCCUGGGCAUACAGGCCCCCGCUGUGAGGAAUGCGCUCCUGGGCACUACGGUAACCCGUCCCAGGCUGGGGGCCGCUGCCAGCCCUGCCAGUGCAGCAACAACAUCGACCCUACCGACCCCGAGGCCUGUGACCGGCGCACCGGGCAGUGCCAGCGCUGCCUGUACCACUCAGAGGGACCCCACUGCGCCUACUGCCGUCCUGGCUACUACGGACAGGCUGCUCACCACAGCUGCCGGCGGUGCAGCUGUAACUUCCUGGGCACCGAGCGCAGUCAGUGCCCCUCUCAAGAGGAGUGCCACUGUGACCAGAGCAGCGGGCAGUGCCCGUGUCUACCCAAUAUCCACGGCCAGAACUGUGACCGCUGUGCCCCCAACUUCUGGAACUUGGCCAGCGGGCAAGGUUGCCAGCCCUGUGACUGCCACCCCAGCCACUCGAUCAGCCCUUCCUGCAAUGAGUUCACAGGACAAUGCCACUGUCGGGCAGGAUUUGGGGGUCGGGACUGCACUGAUUGUCAGGAGAAUCACUGGGGAAAUCCUGGCCAGCAGUGCCGGGCCUGCGACUGUGAUCCCCGAGGCAUCGAGACCCUCCAGUGCCACCGCACCACGGGUCACUGCAACUGCCGUCCGGGAGUAUCUGGUGUGCGCUGCGACCAGUGUGCCCGGGGAUUCUCGGGCACCUUCCCCACCUGCCAUCCUUGCCACCAGUGUUUCGGGGACUGGGACCGAGUGGUACAGGAUCUGGCCACCCGCACCCGGCGCCUGGGACAGCGAGCACAGGAGCUGCAGCAGUCAGGAGCCAUAGGGGGCUUUGAAAGGAACUUCCGGCUGUUGGAAGAGAAACUGGGCACCGUGCAGGGCAUUGUCAGUGCUCGCAACACCACCGCCACAGCCAUCACCCAGCUCAUGAAGAUCACUGAGGAACUGCGAAGUGGGAUCGGGGAGACCACCGAACGGCUGACCCAGCUGGAACGGGAACUGACCGUGGCUCAGGAUGAGAACUUCAACUCCAACCACGCGCUAAGUGGGCUGGAGCGGGAUGGCCGUGCCCUCAACCUCACCCUGCGCCAGCUGGGCCGCCAGCUGGACCUCCUCAAGAAUUCCAACUUCCUGGGUGCCUAUGAUAGCAUUCGACAAUCCUACAAUGAGUCGGCGGAGGCCGAGCGCCACGCCAACGCCUCCGCCCUGGCGGUGCCCAGCCCCGUCAGCGACUCUGCGGGCACCCGCCGUCGGGCGGAGAAGCUGAUGGACAGCCGGCGGGACAGUUUCAACCGUAAGAAUGCCGCCAACCAGAAGGCCCUGGAGAACCUCUUGGCCCGGGCCAAUGCCCUCAGCUUGACGGGCAUCAAUGAGUUGGUAUGUGGGGCCCCAGGAGAUGCCCCCUGUGCCACGAGCCCCUGCGGGGGAGCUGGUUGCCGAGAUGAGGAUGGACAGCGGCGGUGCGGGGGCCUCAACUGCCAGGGAGCAGCAGCCACAGCAGAUAACGCCCUGGGCCGGGCCCGGCACACUCAGGAAGAGCUGCGGCGAACUCUGGGCGAUGCCGACGAGCUCGUGAACAAGGUGGCCGAGGCCAAGCUGCAGGCAGGUGCCGCACGGCUGCGAGCACAGGCAGCCCUGGACAAAGCCAACAGGACCCGGGGCCAGGUCGAGCGCUCCAAUCAGGAAUUGCGGGAGCUCAUCCAGAACAUCAAGGACUUCCUGAGCCAGGAGGGGGCGGACCCAGGGAGCAUUGAGGCUGUGGCCAACCGGGUGCUGGAGCUGUCCAUUCCGGCCUCGUCCUCCCAGAUCAGCCACCUGGCAGCAGAGAUUGCCCAGCGGGUGCGCAGCCUGGCUCAUGUGGAUGCCAUCCUGGAACGCACGGCCGGGGAUGUGCGCCAAGCUGAGCAACUCCUGAAUGAUGCCCAGCGGGCAAGGAGUCAUGCCCAGGGGGAGAAACAGAAAGCAGAGAUGGUGCAGGAAGCCCUGGAGGAGGCAAAGCGAGCACAGAGUGCAGCCGAGGGGGCCAUCCGCAGCGCUGCUGAUGACACCCAGCACACUGAACGGACGCUGGACACGGUGGCGGCCAAGGCGGCUGGGGCUGAGCAGGAGCUGAAUGCUGCAGCCAAGCGGGCAGAGCAGCUGGACGCCCAGUUAGACGCCCUUAAGCUGAAAAGGGCCGGAAAUAGCCUGGCAGCUACCCAGGCAGAAGAGACAGCCAGCAAUGCCCAGGGCCGUGCCACUGAGGCAGAAAAGCUGCUGAAAGACCAGCUGGGAGACCGUUUCCAGACCGUGCAGGAACUGGCAGAGCGGAAGGCUCAAGGUGUCCUGCAGGCCAAGCAAAGAGCCGAGAGGCUGAGAGACGAGGCAAGGGGACUCCUGACAGACGCCCAGGACAAGCUGAGGCGCCUGCACGAGCUGGAGGGGACAUACGAGGAGAACGAGCGCGAGCUGGAGGACAAGGCUGCUCAGCUGGAUGGGUUGGAGGCAAAGAUGAAGGGAAUUCUCGACUCCAUCAAUCAGCAGAUUCAGAUCUAUAACACCUGCCAGUGACCACUAUGCUUCCCUCCAUCACCUCCCUUCGUCACCCAGCUCCGCUCCCCCAUUGAGCGAACACAACUUCCUUUUGCCCAGCAGGAGCUGGGCCGCGGAAGCAGGGCCUGAGGCUCUGCCAGACCACAUAUAUGUGUGUGUGUGUGUGUGUGUGUGUGUGUGUGUGUGUGUACACGGGUGGUGGGACCCCACCCUCUUCUCCCCAGACAACUGCAUCUUGUGAGCUGCCACUUCCCGUAGUUUCUUCCCCCUCUGACACACUCUCCAUGCCCUACUGCAGUCCAUUCACAAGCAGUACGUCUACCCGCCGCCUGCUAGAGGGGCAGAUAUGCCAGAAGUCAUUACCCUAGUAUAUCUUAGUAUACCCUAGCCAUCGGGGGUACCAACGUAUGCUUGUGGAGCCACCAUGUGAUGGUUGCCCUCUUUUUAGUACUCAAUCACCUGGUCAGGGGUGGGCUAGCUCACAUUUCCUAACUUUCCCCUCCGAUAGCUUUUCUCAGGCCUAUCAGAGUGGGGAUAGUGCGGGUGUCACUCCUCUCUACCAACUGGGGAGACCACGAGAGGAGGGGGCUUGCCUGCUGCAAGGCGGAGAGAUUACAGUACUGCUGCGUAGGCCAACUCUGUAGUUGCUUUCUGGGUUGAGUGAAUAAAUCCGAGUCUGGUGAAAA